GAGGGGCGGUGAGGAGGGAGAGCCGCACUGUGGGGUGGGGGUCUGCCAUUCCGUGUGUGGGAUGAGACCGAGGCCUCCUCUGGUGCCGUCCCCCGGCCCCAUUGAGGCUGGUCUGGGUUACCCCAGCUGUGUCCUGCGACUGACACUUUAAUCCUCGGCCCAUGUCACUGAGUGGGAUCUGGGACAGCUCACCAUCCUCCUGCCGCUCAGUUGCAACAUCCUAUAUGGAUGGGGAGCGUGGGUGGGAAAGAUCUUUCCUGGAAUACACAGCCCUCGCAGAUAAGGGAGCAAACAUUGAGAAAAGAACCAGCUGUCGUCACAGUGAGCUCUCGGCCUCCCGGUCAUUCACACUUCCAGCGGACAGAGUCCAGCACUCAAUCCUACACCAUGGCAAGGGGACACCAGGCUUACCUCCUGCUCCUUGCUCUCUGUCCCAGCCUCACAGAGACGGCCAGGGUACGAUGCUACACUGCAAUGGACUACAGCACAUUCACCUGCACUGACCUGCUCGGGGACAACAUUGAGGAGAAAGACUGCUGUCUGAACCCGAAUUACUGCUUCCAGAGGAAUGCUGACGGCAAAUCAAUCCUGUGCCGGCCGGCGUCGGUCUGGAGUGAAUGGUCGGAGUGGUCACGCUGCUCGGUCACCUGUACGGCAGGCGUGCAGCAGCGCCGCAGGGUCUGCCUCGGCAUCCGGCCAUGCCACCGGGUGGAAUCGCUGCAGUCUCAACCCUGUGUGGAGAAGCCGUGUUGCCAGAGGGAUGGUGGCUGGAGUGCGUGGUCUCCGUGGAGCCCCUGCUCGGUCACAUGUCACAUAGGUCGGCAAAAGAGAGAGCGGAGCUGCUCUGCACCGCCCCCCUUCUGUGGCGGAGGGUGCCCGGGAGCCAGGGAAAGCUACAGAGAUUGUGACACCGAUCAAAUCUGUCCCACACAUGGAUCCUGGUCACCCUGGAGCCCCUGGGGACUUUGCGGAGAGUCCUGCAAAUCGGAGGGGUCGGGAAUGGUUCCGACUCGCCAGCGAAAUCGCACCUGCAGUAACCCCCCACCGUCGAAAUACCCAGCAGGCCGGCUGUGUCACGGGAAUGCUGAGGACGUUGGCCUCUGCCACUUCCUUCCCUUUUGUCCCGUGCCUGGUAACUGGGGGUCAUGGGUUACAACUGGCCCCUGCCCUGUGUCCUGUGGCAUUGCGAAGGUGAUUUACCGGAGAUCCUGCGACAAGCCAGCACCCAGACAUGGGGGGGCUUACUGUUCCGGCAGUGACACCACCCACGGGGUGUGCAACACACAUGUUCACUGUCCAGUGGACGGUGUGUGGGGCACGUGGAGUCGCUGGACUCACUGUGAACGACGCAGCUUCAACAUCAGCUGCCAGGAGUACCCGGGGCAGCAGAAGAGGACAAGGAAUUGCUGGGGGAGGGAUCACGGUGGCCAGCCCUGUCCUGGCAGCAUCAUCAACGUACGCAGCUGUUAUGAUGCCGACGGCUGCUUUUAUGGAAAGGGCUUCUGGACGGAUUGGGGAGACUGGGGACUGUGCAAUCCGGCCUGCGGAGAGGGCAGUGUCCAGAGCCGAAGGAGAAUCUGCAAACCCACUUACCCUCCCUACGCGGACCACAGGGGGGAAGUGGAGAAGGUAUCGGUAGUGUUCUCAGGAGAACCCCGUUACUAUUGUGAGCAGCUGGACGGCCAGGAGAGGGAGGUGGUUCAAACCAAACCCUGCCACAACGUCCCGGCCUGCGACUGAUCGAGGUUGGAGUCACAGCGAAUGUGACUGGGGUGCCAUUCCCACACACACACUGACCAUCACUGGGAAAUGGGUCACACGCACAUGGACCGUCACCGUUCUCUCUCUCACACACACACACACCGUCACGGGAACACGGAUCUGACACACCCAAACUGGGACACGGGUCUCUCACUCACACACAAAUGCUGACCGUCACCGGGGCACGGGUCACACACACACUGACCAUCACCGAGACCUGGGUCACACACAUGACCCUCAGGGUGGGUGGGCAGACGGCGAGUGCAGUCUGAUGCACCUGUUCCUGCAGGUUGCUGAGUGAAGAUGCUCUGGUUCCAGUGGUUCGCAGUCUCUUUGCUGCCAGGAUUCUCAUAGUAAAGUGUGGCUCCUGCUUACUGAUGUCUCGUUUGUUUUCUG